AGCUGUAUUGAGUGGUGAAGAGUAAAAAAAAAAAACAUGAGCUAGGAGCUGAAUUAGAAGAUUCCGAGGGAUCGAAGCAGAAAACGCCCGGUUGUGCUGUGCCACCUGAGGCCGAAACCUGACGGCGCAGCGCAGGGCAGCAGCCUCUUCUGGAGCCUACACAAAAUUCCCUAGCUCCUACCAGCAGGGAAUUCAACUGGCCUCCGUCCGCUUCGCAACUGAGUAAACGGGAAUUCGGGCAAGCACCCAAUCGGCCCCCGACCGCUUCGCAAGAUCGGAGUCGUCGCUCCGAUCGCCCCGAGGGAGCUCUUCCGUCGCGGUCGUCAUCCUCGUCGCCCCCUCUACCGGCGUUGGAUUGCCAUGGAGUCGAGAUCCAUCUGGACUUGGCACUAAGUUGUUUUUCUGAUUAUAACCUGUGACCGCUGAGACUUGGGGAUGCAGAAAGAUGUGCCUGCACAAAAACAAGCAAAUAUUUCUUGCUAACAAGACUCGAGCUCUGUUCAAGCUGAUAUUGUUGGGCUCUCAUGAGAAUGUGCUUCAUCCUGAUACCAUUCCUCUUUUCCGUGUGUUAAAGCACACUAGAUUGAAGGCCUCUAUAUUUGUAGAUCAUCACCUUGGAGGCGACAGUUAACAUCUCCUGCAUUCUUUUAUAUAAGUGGUGUGGUGCUUCUUCAUUUUACUAUCCUUGCAUAGCUUGAUCGGAUGGACGGUAGGAGGACAAUUUUGAUGGGACGUUAUGAAAUCGGUAAACAGUUGGGACAAGGAACCUUUGCAAAGGUUUAUUAUGCUCGGAAUCUUACAACUGGCCAAGCUGUUGCCAUUAAGAUGAUCAACAAGGACAAGGUCAUGAUGGUUGGGCUCAUGGAACAGAUAAAAAGGGAGAUUUCAAUAAUGAGAUUAGUGAAGCAUCCAAACGUUCUGCAGCUUUUUGAGAUUAUGGCUAGCAAGAGUAAGAUUUAUUUUGUCUUGGAGUAUGCUAAAGGUGGUGAGCUUUUCAACAAAAUAGCAAAAGGGGGAAAGCUUAGUGAGGAUGCUUCAAGAAAAUAUUUCCACCAAUUAAUUAGUGCUGUUGAUUAUUGCCACAGUCGAGGUGUUUAUCAUCGUGACUUGAAGCCCGAAAACCUUCUACUGGAUGAGAAUGAAAACCUUAAAGUCUCAGAUUUUGGUUUGAGUGCCCUAGCUGAGUCUAAGAGGCAAGAUGGACUCCUCCAUACCACAUGUGGAACUCCGGCUUAUGUUGCUCCUGAAGUGCUCAGCAGGAAAGGCUAUGAUGGUGCAAAGGCAGAUAUAUGGUCAUGUGGAGUAAUUCUGUUUGUUCUUGUGGCUGGCUACCUUCCUUUCCAUGACACAAAUUUGAUAGAAAUGUACAGAAAGAUUUCCAGAGCAGAGUUUAGAUACCCUCGUUUUUUUUCUGCUGAGCUGAAGGAACUGCUAAGUAAAAUCCUUGAUCCAGAUCCAAGUACUAGAAUGUCUAUCUCAAGGAUAAAAAGAAGUGCUUGGUACAGAAGACCUGUUGAAGUAAAUGCAAAGAAAAAUGAGGCAGAAACAACAGAGAAUGCUUUUACAAGUGAAGCUACAACCUCUGGCUCGACAGAGUGCAGCACGUCUGAGGGAAAUCAAGGAUCAUUAAGCCUCCCAAACUUCAAUGCAUUUGACAUUAUCUCUCUUUCAACAGGAUUUAAUUUGUCAGGGUUUUUUGAGGAUAAGUAUGGUCGUCGGGAAGAACGAUUUACCACCAGGCAGCCUUUAACGACAGUAUUUACAAAGUUGAAGGAGCUUGCCAAACGCUUAAAGCUUAAAGUUAAGAAGAAAGAUAAUGGAAUCUUGAAAUUGGCUGCUCCAAAGGAAGGAAAGAAGGGUAUUCUUGAGCUUGAUGCGGAGAUUUUUGAGGUUGCCCCUUCUUUGCUUUUAGUUGAGUUGAAAAAGACUAACGGGGACACUAUGGAGUAUCAAAAGCUAGUGAAAGAGGAGAUAAGGCCAGCGCUCAAGGAUAUUGUUUGGGUUUGGCAGGGUGAUCAGCACCAGUACUCACAACCAACUCUUCAAGGACAGCAGCCACAGGAUCAGUUGCGACCAUCAUUGCCACAGAAGGAGCAGCAGGACUUGUUUGAAGCACCAUUGCCACCACGAGAACCACUGGGCCAGUUGCAUUCGCCAAUUGCCCCAGACCAACCAGAGCAAUUUUCACCACAAGAACCGUUGGACCAGUUGCAACUGCCAAUCGCUCCAGAGCAGCCAAAGAACGAGUUCUAACAGUCAACUGGUAAUUCACAUGUUAUUUUCAGCCAUAGUUCGUAGCUAUACUUUUUUUUCCAUAUUUGUUCUGUCUGUUUCUAAUUCUUCUGGAAUUGUAAAGCUGUAUGCCUGUAUGUACUACAGAAGAGCCAUGUAUUUCAAUUUGGAAUCUAGUAGCCAUCUGAUCUGGAUGUCAAACCAAAAUUUUGGGAAGAAUAAUAGCCAUUGACCAUCAGUGUUGAGUUGUAUAAAUUAUGAUGAUUGAAGAGUCUUUCUUCUUGGUUUCC